AUGGAAUUGGAACUGUCUCGAGAAUCUGAAAGAGUGAAGCAAGAAGAGAACAUACCUGUUGCUAUAUUGUUGGCCACGUGUCCUGCCCUAUGCCGUUGGUUAUAUCUUGGUGAUGGGAUUGGUCUGACUUGUGUGUUGGUUGUUUUGGAGGCCAAACACAGACAAGCACUUCUCUUUAUCUGCGUAGUAAGCCGAUACCCAGAUAAAAACAAUGGGUUUGGUAUUGGUGUCAAUCUUAAACACCUUCAGCCAAAUGUGAAAAAAGGUGAAGCCGACCACGUGCCUUUACGUGAAGAUAAUCUUCUUCUGAUGACAACUCAUAUCAAAGAGCUUGAAGCAAGAGUGGUAAAGCUGAAACCAGAGAUAGAAUUGAGGAAAAAAGUUGUGCAGGUUGCUGCUGAGGAUACAAACACAACUUUGGAGCACAAAAGUGUGUAG